CCGGCGAUGGCGGACGAGGUAGCGGUGCGGGAGCAGGCGGAGACGGUGCGGAGGCUCAAGCAGGAGAAGGCCGAUCCCGAUGAGAUUGCGAAGGAGGUGGCGAAACUGCUGGAGAUGAAGACACAGCUGGGGGGAGAUGAGGGCAAACACAAGUUUGUGCUCAAGACACCAAAGGGCACUCGGGACUACGGCCCCCGGCAGAUGGCCAUCCGCGAGAGGGUCCUCAGCGCAGUCACCUCCUGCUUCCGGCGCCACGGGGCGCAGGUCAUCGACACGCCGGUCUUCGAGCUGAAGGAGACCCUGACAGGGAAGUAUGGUGAAGACUCGAAGCUCAUCUAUGACCUGAAGGAUCAGGGUGGGGAGCUGCUGGCCCUGCGCUAUGACCUGACCGUGCCCUUCGCUCGCUACCUGGCCAUGAACAAGCUCUCCACCAUCAAGCGGUACCACAUCGCCAAGGUCUACAGGAGGGACAACCCUGCCAUGACCCGGGGCCGCUACAGGGAGUUCUACCAGUGUGACUUCGACAUCGCUGGGCAGUUCGACCCCAUGAUCCCCGACGCCGAGUGCCUGAAGGUCGUGCACGAGAUCCUGAGUGACCUGCAGCUCGGGGACUUCAUCAUCAAGGUCAAUGAUCGCCGCAUCCUGGAUGGGAUGUUCGCAGUCUGCGGAGUUCCAGACCCCAAGUUCCGAACCAUCUGCUCCAGUGUGGACAAGCUGGACAAGAUGUCGUGGGAGGAGGUGAGGAGCGAGAUGGUGGCAGAGAAGGGGCUGUGCCCCGAGGCCGCGCAGCGCAUUGGGGACUACGUCCGGCUGCAGGGUGGCCUGGAGCUGGUGGAGCAGCUCCUGCAGGACCCAAAGCUGUCCCAGAACAAGCUGGCCAGGGAGGGGCUGGGGGACAUGAAGCUGCUGUUCGAGUACCUGACCCUGUUUGGCAUCACUGGCAAGAUCUGCUUCGACCUGAGCCUGGCCCGGGGCCUGGACUAUUACACAGGGGUGAUCUACGAGGCUGUGCUGCUGCAGCAGGAGGGGCAGGCUGGGGAGGAGCCCCUGGGCGUGGGCAGCGUGGCCGGCGGCGGGCGCUACGAUGGCCUGGUUGGGAUGUUUGACCCCAAGGGCCGCAGGGUGCCCUGCGUGGGGGUCAGCAUCGGCGUCGAGAGGAUCUUCUCCAUCCUGGAGCAGAGGCUGGAGGCCUCUGGGGAGAAGAUCAGGACCACAGAGACGCAGGUGCUGGUGGCCUCUGCACAAAAGAAGCUCCUUGAGGAGAGGCUGAAGCUUGUCAGCGAGCUGUGGGAUGCUGGCAUCAAGGCAGAAGUGCUCUACAAGAAGAACCCCAAGCUGCUGAACCAGCUGCAGUACUGUGAGGAGAGUGGCAUCCCACUGGUGGCCAUCGUGGGGGAGCAGGAGCUGAAGGAAGGAGUCGUCAAGCUGCGGGUGGUGGCCACCAGGGAGGAGGUCAACGUCGGCAGGGAGAGCCUGGUUGAGGAGAUCAGGAUGCGAACGAGCCAGCCCUGACCCCCCGACACAUCUCCUGCUGUGAUGGAUCCUGGCUGGCAGCUGCCUCCUGCCAGUGCCUUUUCCAGGCCAGCAGCAGCAGCUGGCCUCGGGCAGCUCUAUUUAUUCUUGUCUGGUGCCCUCCCUUCCCCGGUGGGAGCAGAGAGGUCACAGCAGCAGCUCCUGCACCAUGUCCCCUGCAGAGCUGUUUGCCAAGUGGCCUCCUGGCCGCGGUGCCAGGCGGAGCCCCCUGCUGGCAGCAGGCCCCCAGGGGCUUGGCUGCAGCUCCUUGUUCCCAUCUCUUGGAAUCAGCCUCCUGCCCCAGCCCUGCUCUGUCUGCAGGUGGGUGGCUGACCUGA